AUGGUAUUGCCACUUACACUUCUUAGGACGGCACAGGGGCAUCCCAUGCUUGUUGAAUUGAAAAAUGGAGAGACUUGUAGUGGAAUUUUGACAACAUGUGACGGAUUUAUGAAUUUGCAUAUGAGAAAUGUGGUCAGAACUUCUAGGGAGGGAGAUAAAUUUUGGAAGAUUAAUGAAUGUUUUGUCAGAGGUAAUAAUCUCAAAUCUGUAAGAUUGCCUGAUCAAGUUGCAAAUUUGGCAGAAGAAGAGUCUAGAAGAGAACAAUUGGGAAACUUGCAAAGUACAAAUAGAGGAAAAGCACAUCCACAGAGGGGAAGGAGAGGCCGUGGCAAAAUGGGAAUGCAUUAA